AUGGUGAGAGAAGAGGAGGAGAAAUCGAGAUGGUGGUGGUUCGAGAGUCACAAGAGCUCCAACCAUUCUCAAUGGCUUCACUCAACACUCGCUGGUUCUUUUCCACUCAGAUCCACUACUCCUUUACCCAGCUCGAUUGCUCAGCGAGCAGAGACUUACUACAAGAAACGCCCUGAGCUUAUCACCAUCGUCGAAGACUUUUACCGAGCGAUUCGAUCACUUGAAAUCAUCAUCUGA